GUAUCUCGAGGAGUGACGAGGGGCGACGACGCGCGGCGAUGGUGGUGGCACGAUAAAGGAGCAACGGCACGAUCGCACAUGCGGCGGCCGCUGCUUGGCGCGAGCGCGAGGCAGCCAGCAGGAACGCGAGUUAUCUGACGAGGCCACGACCCUGAGCCCGAUACGAAACGCGUGCAACGGGUAGUCAGUAGUGGUGAACAGUGGCGAAAGAGGGAAGGCAGAGCCGAGUAGUCCGCGGACGCACGGCGGCGGUGCGGUGCGGCGCGGUGCGGCGGAUGGGUGUGCGAGAGGAGCCGCAAUUCGACAUUGACGAGCGAGCGAGCGAGGGGAUACACGCGUCAGCAGUCGAGUCGUGAGGAGGCCGCGAAUCCCCGUCGAUCAGGUUGCCGGUAGAAGGAGGCGUGUCGCGGAUCGUGCGAGCUAUCGCGCUGACAAUUCGCGCGCGGUGCGCGCGAAAGGUCGCGGGUUCACCCGAUCGUCGUCCCGUUCGCCCCCGGAGAAUGACGGCCCGGCGGCGCGCCUGACGUGAUCGCGGCGCGACGCGACGCGGCGGUGGUACCAGCUCGGAGCGUCGGCGGCCGAUUGAGACACGAGCACGUCCGGCCGUCGGCCGAUCGUACGCGCGCUCGCUCUCAGUCGGAGUCGAGCAACGGCCGCGAGGACUCGUCAGCGUACACGCAGCCGACCUGCACGCAGUGCAUCUCCGUACAUCAGUGUCCUUCGCGUCGUCAUCUAGGGACAACAGGCAGACACGGAAACUCCUUCGUCGCGGACUGUACACGGAGAUUGUUCGCGUAUACGCGCGCGAGUUCGACAAGAUGCCGCUCUUCGGCAAGAAGGACUCGAACAAGAAGAUCAAGAAGGAUGGCAAGGACGACCGAUCGCCCUCCGUCGAGGACAAGUACAUCCUGAAGGACCUGCUGGGCACGGGGGCAUUCUCCGAGGUGAGGUUGGCCGAGAGUAAAGAGAAGCCCGGCCAAAUGUUUGCCGUGAAGAUUAUCGACAAGAAGGCGCUAAAGGGAAAGGAGGAUUCGUUAGAGAACGAAGUCAAAGUCCUGCGAAGGUUCAGUGAAAGUGCGACACCACAGAGUGGUGACGGAUCACUCAAGUCGGAUAGUAGUGGCGAAAAGAGAUGGUUGACCCACCCCAAUAUUGUACAAUUGUUGGAGACAUUCGAAGACAAACAUAAGGUCUACUUAGUUAUGGAGCUGGUCACUGGUGGAGAGCUGUUCGACAGGAUCGUCGAGAAGGGUUCCUACACGGAGAAAGACGCGUCCGGUUUAAUAAAACAGGUGCUCGAGGCGGUCGACUACAUGCACGACCAGGGAGUUGUUCACAGAGAUCUCAAGCCGGAGAAUCUUUUGUACUACAGCUCGGACGAGGACAGCAAGAUCAUGAUCAGUGAUUUCGGCCUAUCGAAAAUAAUUCCGGAGGACUCCGGAAUUAUGGCGACUGCGUGUGGUACGCCAGGAUACGUCGCACCCGAAGUCUUGGCGCAAAAACCGUACGGCAAAGCAGUGGAUGUCUGGAGCAUAGGAGUGAUCUCGUACAUCCUCUUGUGUGGAUAUCCUCCGUUCUAUGAUGAGAACGAUGCUAAUUUGUUUGCACAAAUCCUGAAAGGUGAAUUUGAAUUCGAUUCACCGUACUGGGACGAUAUCAGUGAGUCCGCGAAGGAUUUCAUACACAAGCUGAUGUGCGUCAACGUCGAGGAACGUUACACCUGCAAGCAGGCCCUCGCCCAUCCCUGGAUUUCCGGCAACGCGGCUAGCAAUAAGAAUAUCCACGGUACGGUAUCGGAACAACUUAAAAAGAACUUCGCCAAAUCGAGGUGGAAGCAAGCGUACCAUGCAGCCACGGUCAUACGCCAGAUGCAACGGCUGGCGCUAAACAGCGGCCAGCAGCAACAGCAACAGCAGCAGCAACAGCAACAGCAGGAGGGUACAGGCUCGACCGGCCCCUCCAGCGGCAACCCCACGCAGUAUCGAGAGCAAUCGCAGGUCAACUACAACCAGCACACGGGGCCACUGGGGACGCCCUCGAGCAAUCUCAGCAACUGAAGCAGCCGCGCGAGCCGCUGCUCGUGCCGGGCCUGAUGGCUACGAAUCUCACACCCCACGUCAUUCCAAUCGCUCCCGCCGAUCAUUUGCCGUCGCUAUAUAUACGCAACAAACGCUUCAAACUGUGGGGCAGCACACGCACCGCUCU